AUGAUUGUGGACUUCAGGAAGAGCACUGUCCCCCCGCCCCCACCCUCCGUGAUGGACUCCCCCAUCACCUCUGUGGAGUCCUUCCGUUUCCUGGGCACCACCAUCACCCAGGACCUCAAGUGGGAGCCGACCAUCAGCUCCCUCAUCAAGAAGGCCCAGCAGAGGAUGUACUUCCUGCGGCAGCUCAGGAAAGCCAAGCUGCCUGCACAGAUGUUGGUGCAGUUCUACACGGCCAUCAUCGAGUCCAUCCUCACCUCCUCCAUCACCGUGUGGUUCGCUGUAGCCACACCGCAAGCGGCGUCGAACGGCCCUCGCCACACCGCGCAACACUCCGCACCACGUGCCUUGCCGCUCCGCUACGACUCCCCGCUCCGCUACGACUCCCCGCUCCGCUACGACUCCCCGCACCGCUACGACUCCCCGCACCGCUACGACUCCCCGCACCGCUACGACUCCCCGCUCCGCUACGACUCCCCGCUCCGCUACGACUCCCCGCUCCGCUACGACUCCCCGCACUGCGCACCGCUACGACUCCCCGCACCGCUACGACUCCCCGCACCGCUACGACUCCCCGCACCGCUACGACUCCCCGCACCGCUACGACUCCCCGCACCGCUACGACUCCCCGCUCCGCUACGACUCCCCGCACUGCGCUUCGCUACGACUCCCCGCACUGCGCACCGCUACGACUCCCCGCACCGCGCGCCGCUACGACUCCCCGCUCCGCUACGACUCCCCGCUCCGCUACGACUCCCCGCACUGCGCACCGCUACGACUCCCCGCACCGCUACGACUCCCCGCACCGCUACGACUCCCCGCACCGCUACGACUCCCCGCACCGCUACGACUCCCCGCACCGCUACGACUCCCCGCACAGCUACGACUCCCCGCACCGCUACGACUCCCCGCACCGCUACGACUCCCCGCUCCGCUACGACUCCCCGCUCCGCUACGACUCCCCGCUCCGCUACGACUCCCUGCACCGCGCGCUUCUACAACUCUCCGCUCCGCUACGACUCCCCGCACCGCUACGACUCUCCGCAGCGCUACGACUCCCCGCAGCACUACGACUCCCCGCAGCACUACGACUCCCCGCACCGCUACGACUCCCCGCUCCGCUACGACUCCCCGCUCCGCUACGACUCCCCGCUCCGCUACGACUCCCUGCACCGCGCGCUUCUACGACUCUCCGUUCCGCUACGACUCCCCGCACCGCUACGACUCUCCGCACCGCUACGACUCCCCGCACCGCUACGAUUCCCCGUACCGCGCAACUCGCCGCAACUCGCUGCAACCCGCAAUUCCCCUCUCCGUGACUCCCCGCGUGACUCGACGCUCCGCAGGUGGCGCUGCCGCGCCGCGCCAUGA